AUGGGCCGCGGACAACGUCAACACACGACCUCUCAACCAACGACCUCAAACUCUACCGAGACGGCGGACGAUGUAAUCGCACUCCGGAUUGUGGAAUACACAAGAUCACAGUACGAAUCGAUACUCGCACGCCUCGUAAGAUGGUUGCAUAACGAGCAUCCACAGUACGUAACAGCGCAACGCAUUGUCGUUCCUGUGACCCCAGCCCUCUGCAAGUUGAUGUUUUCAUAUGCAUCCGUUAAACGGAGCCUGAACGGAUACGAGCUUGUACCACGCAAGUACAAUUCGGUCUCAACGAUUAACCGCGUCAAGAGUGCUGUUGAGUUCCUGCACAAAGAGGCCAAGGUGGAGCUCUCAACAGAACUGAAUGCAAUGAUGAAA